AGUAGAAACUCCGACUCAAACGACAUGUCCGAGAAACGUCCCAAAUCUAAACUGAAAAGAAAGAAGUCCGCUGUCGAAGAGCACCGCACGGAUGGAUCUCACAAAGGGACGACGCCAAAAAGCAAUGUAUCGCUCGCUUCCGGCGACGUUAAAACGGGUUUCGACAGCUGCAAGGCGAUUCAGGGGUCUGCAAUUACCGCAACGGGAUGGUGGAGCAGAGAAGACCCCUCUACAGUAGAAGGUCUAUGGGCCUUAACAUUGAGAGCUGCACUGCCUUACAUAGAGACCAAGCCAUGGGGUCAAGUUCCUGCCCUUCCAGAGCCAUCUGCAGUGAAACACUCAACACUGCAGUUGGGUGACUGGCUAUGCUGUGACCACAGCAAUGACGUACCUCCCCUUCCCGAGCCCCAUCCAUCUCCCGGUGCUCUACUCAGCUCGCAUCCCCUUCCCAACCCCUCCCAUGAGGAAGUCUGUUCCCCAGUCCACAAAAGGACAUCAAACACUCCAAGUCCUCCGGCGUCCCCUUGUAAAGUGGGACGACUGGCGGCGAACAACGUCCGUGCUUCUCUUGCCCCGGGUAGACGGCAGACACUAGAGAAUGGGGAACCUACAACAUCCAGCCAAGCCAGGGACACGAAUGACUGCAAGUGGAGGCCCCGCCCACCACCCGCCAAAAGACGUCCAUCGGCGGUCCCGGAUUAUCAGCCCUCUGUCAGAGCCUGGGCAACGGCGCCAUCGCUGAAACUUGGGCUUGCAAGAGGGAAGGAGAAGGAUGGAGACAGUGGGCUCACCAGAAGGCAGCCGCUUGCACACCAGGGGGAGACCUCUGACAGCCGUGCUCCCCAGCAGCCGGAGGGCAAGGCUGGAAAAGGAGGAGCAGAGGCCCGAGUGGAGGGGCAGGAGGAGGAGGAGGUGCUUAAUUGCAGAAGGGAUGGCAGCGAUGGAGGAGGAGGAGGUGGCCUGCAGAGGUGUCCUAUGUGUUUGAUGAAGUUCCCUGCUGGGUUCAUGCAGAUGGACUGUGACAGCCACCUGGCCCUGUGUCUGUCAGAGUUGAGUAUGGACAUGACGUGGUGAACCCGAGAGGACGCUAGCCAUUUUCCAAAUGAUACCACCAAAGAAGAGAUCGGUACCUCAGCAAAGUAAUGCAGAUCCGCCAUGGAAGAAGGGAAGAAGGUCUCAC